AUGAACGCCAAUCUGAAUGCUCUGAGCAGAGCACUGGAGGAAAGACGAAUCGAUGAUGCGAUUUUCAUGGCAAAAGAAAUACCUCGGUCAAGUGCAGGCAGAGCAGCAAAGCUACUUGAAAAAUUCUAUGAGCACGAGGUUUCUGUUGCAAAUGCCGUCAUUGACAUGAUUGCAUAUACAAAAGUGUAUAGGUCGAAAGUCAAGCCUCCGUUAAAAGGAUGCUUCCGAUUUACCGUUUCAGAGACGAAUAACUGA